AUGGUCGGGUUCACCUCUUUUCUGAAGGUGCUCCCAGUGCUGGCUGCAAGCAGUCUUGCCAGUGUGAACUAUCCUACUAUCCCGACAGAUUUGACCACUCCAGUGCAGCAGCGUUUAGCUGUCUACGGACCUAAUUCCGUCUCUGUUGGCUGGAACACAUACGAACAACUGAACCAAAGCUGUGUGGCUUAUGGUACCUCGGCUGAUGACUUGAGUUCUGAAGCUUGUUCCACCGGAUCCACCACUUAUUCUACUUCACGGACAUGGUCCAACGCAGUAAUUUUGACGGAUCUUACUCCAGCCACCACCUACUACUACAAGAUCGUAUCAACCAACUCCAGUGUGGAUCAUUUCCUCAGCCCCCGUACUCCCGGAGACAAGACCGCAUUCAAUCUCGAUGUAGUGAUUGAUCUUGGUGUCUACGGCGCAGAUGGUUUCACCAUCUCCUCCACCAACUCUAAGAAAGAUACAAUUCCUUCGGUUCAGCCCGCGCUAAACCACACCACCAUCGGCCGUCUUGCUCAGACUGUGGACGACUAUGAAAUUGUCCUCCACCCAGGUGACUUUGCCUACGCCGAUGACUGGUAUGAGAAGAUCUCAAACCUGCUAGACGGCACAGAGGCCUACCAAUCCAUCCUGGAACAGUUCUACGACCAACUCGCACCCAUCGCCGGGCGCAAGCUUUACAUGGCCAGUCCUGGCAAUCACGAAGCAGACUGCUCAGAAAUCCCAUACCUUCUUGAACUCUGCCCGGAAGGCCAGAAAAACUUCACCGAUUUCAUGCACCGCUUCGAGAAGACCAUGCCCACGCCAUUCGCCUCGUCGUCAACAAACACAACCGCCCAAGCACUCGCUACCCAGGCGCAGAGUUAUGCCCUCCCCCCAUUCUGGUAUUCCUUUGAAUACGGCAUGGCACAUAUCGUCAUGAUCAACACCGAGACCGAUUUCACCGAUGCCCCCGACGGCACCGACGGCUCCGCAAAGCUAGACAGCGGCCCAUUCGGCAAAGCGGACCAACAGAUCGAUUUCCUGAAAGCCGAUCUCGCGAGUGUCGACAGAACAGUAACACCCUGGCUCAUCGUCGCCGGCCACAGACCAUGGUACAGCACCGGUGGCUCAGAUAACAUUUGCGACUCAUGCCAGGACGCCUUUGAAGAACUAUUCUACACAUAUGGCGUGGACUUGGCUGUAUUCGGCCACGUGCACAAUUCGCAGCGAUUCACGCCCAUUUACAACGGUACUGUUGACUCGGCCAAUCUGACGGAUCCCAAGGCGCCUAUGUAUAUCAUUGCGGGUGGAGCGGGUAAUAUUGAAGGGUUGAGUGAUGUUGGGACAGAGCCUGAUUAUACUGAGUUUGCUUAUGCGGAUGACUACAGCUAUGCGACGCUGAAGUUUUUGGAUGAGCAGAAUCUGCAGAUUGAUUUUAUUCGCUCAUCUACUGGAGCGGUUUUGGAUAGUAGUACCCUUUACAAGUCGCACAAGACUCAGUUUGUGGUGCAGUAG